GGGAGGGAGGCAAGUAGCAUUGUGGUCUUGGAGGCACUUUCCGCGAGGGAGCGUGCAGGUGACGCUCGCCCAGGCAGAGAGUUAGAGUUGCCCUCCGGUGCCCCGGGCAGGAUCAAGGGAGUAUUGUGCCCGCAUUCAGCGCUCCAGGAUGACACGUGCAGCACGCACCGGGGUUGGCGUGCUCCACUGGCCGGCUGGCCGGCAUUCGCUCUAAGCAGAGCCAGGCGCUUGGCGACCUUUUCCUCUCCGGUGCAGAGCGGAGGCCAUGCCCCCGAAGGCGGGCACCUUCUCGACUCGGAUCCCUCUUCUUGCCCUGCAGAGCCCGGCUGCCACUUACAGAGUUCCGCUGGAAGGGAAACGGCAGGUAGGGCAAGAGGGGGAGCUGGUGGGUCUUUCACUCUAAAUCUCCCCCCGCCCCUCGCUCUGCAAGAGCCGGUGCGACUCCCCCCCCCCCCGCCCCUGAAAGCUCUGUGAGAAUCGUGCCCGCAAGGAUGGCGAUGGGCAGCGUCCGUCCGGCGGAGCAGCAGAUGGCCCGGUGGGAGCGGUGCAGGCACGGAGCCAAGCUGGCCCUGGCCCAGGGGCGCAGUUCAUUCCUACAUCUAUCGCAGGGAACUUCUCAGGAAAGGCCUUGAGGAGAGCGGGGGGCAUCGGGCUGCAGGUUUCUCGAGGAGAGCUCGGCGGCUGCCUGUCGGGAUCGCUACGGGGAGUUGCUUGCGGUGGUCCACCUGGAGCCUCUCCGUCCCUUCCUGGGUGGCUCUUGCCUUCCCUGUUCCUACAGCGUUGGGGUGCAGGAAAUCCUGAAGGAGCGGCAAGAGGGAAGGAGUGGUGAGAGAAUGAAGAAGCCAACUGGACAGGAGAAGCAUGAGGUGGCAGUGCAGCGCUCAGUUUAACAGGCUCUGGCUGAUGGUCCCAUGGGUGUCAUUGGUAUUGUUCCUGACUCUGGUGUGUCGGGGGCUAGCCACAGCUGUUGCCACACCACACGAACAGCAUGCCUCCGCAGCCUCCUCCAGCCAAGUGCCACUGGACUGGUUGCUCACUGAUCGAGGACCAUUUCAUCGAGCCCCAGAGUAUGCUGACUUCAUGGAGCGCUAUCGGCAGGGUUUCACCACCAGGUACAGGAUCUACAGAGAAUUUGCUCGCUGGAAGGUGAAUAACUUGGCAUUGGAAAGGAAAGAUUUCUUCAGCUUGCCUCUGCCCCUGGCUCCAGAAUUCAUCCGCAACAUUCGCCUUCUGGGGCGCCGGCCCAGCCUCCAACAGAUCACCGAGAACCUGAUUAAAAAAUACGGGACCCAUUUCCUCCUCUCAGCCACUCUUGGAGGAGAAGAGUCCCUGACCAUUUUUGUGGACAAGCGCAAGCUCAGUCGGAAAGCGGAAGCUGGCGGCCUGGCAGGAAGUGGAGGGAAUAACGCCACUGUUUCCUUGGAAACACUGCAUCAGCUGGCAGCCUCCUACUUCAUCGACCGUGAGAGCACAUUGCGGCGCCUGCAUCACAUCCAGAUAGCAACAGCUGCCAUCAAGGUCACUGAAACCAGGACUGGGCCACUUGGCUGCAGUAACUAUGACAACCUGGAUUCCGUGAGCUCUGUUCUUGUCCAGAGCCCCGAGAACAAAGUUCAGCUACUUGGCCUGCAAGCACUGCUUCCUGAGUACUUGCAUGAACGCUUUGUGGCUGCUGCCCUGAGCUAUAUCACCUGCAAUUCAGAGGGGGAGCUGAUCUGCCGAGAGAAUGACUGUUGGUGCCAGUGUGGGUUUAAUUUCCCACAAUGUAACUGUCCUGAGGCUGACAUUCAGGCUAUGGAACAUAACCUUCUUCAGAUCCAGGAAGUAUGGGAGAAUCACAAUCAACAGUUUCAGGAAUCAGAGGAACUACAGUCCCUGGUGAAGAAGUUCCCUGUGGAUCGCUUCUUGAACAUAACAGCCAUCUCCCAGUACUGGGCAAUGGAUCUUGAUACUCAGCAUCGCUAUCAGAAAUUGGGGACUACCUUGAAAAUGCUCUCCAAGAAGACCCAUCGGAUUGUCCGGCGUCUUUUCAAUCUGGCCAAACGAUGCCACAGGCAACCUCGCUUCAGACUUCCAAAGGAGAGGUCCGGUACAUUUACAGCCAGACCCGUGACCUAUUGGUGGAGCCAUGCCCAGUCCCUCCUCUACUGCAGUGAGACCUCUGUGCCAGGAACAUUUGUGGAAGAAAGUCACAGUUGUACUUGCCCCCACGACCAGCCCUCCUGCCAGGGGACCAUCCCAUGUGCAUUGGGUGAAGGAGCAGAAUGUGCUGCCUGUGCAGAGGAUAAUGCCACCCAAUGCGGGUCCUGCAAUCCUGGCUAUGUGCUCACCUUGGGACUAUGUCGCCCAGAGGUGGCAGAGUCUCUAGAGCACUAUAUUGGGUUAGAGACAGACUUGCAGGACUUGGAGCUCAAGUACCUUUUGCAGAAGCGGGACAGCCGUAUUGAAGUGCACUCCAUCUUCAUCAGCAACGAUAUGCGCCUGGGGACCUGGUUCGACCCUUCCUGGAGGAAGAGGAUGCUAGUGACCCUGAAGAGCAACAAGUACAAACCAGGCUUGGUCCACCUCAUGCUAGCCCUCUCCCUCCAGAUCUGCCUCACCAAGAACAGCACCCUGGAGCCAGUCAUGGCUAUCUAUGUCAACCCAUUUGGGGGUAGCCACUCAGAGAGCUGGUUUAUGCCCACUAAUGAGAGUGGUUUCCCUGACUGGGAAAGGACUAAUGUGGAUGCCUCUGGCCAGUGCCAAAACUGGACCCUCACUUUAGGAAACAAGUGGAAGACCUUUUUUGAGACCGUCCAUGUCUACCUGAGGAGCCGCAUUAAAUCUCUCAAUGACAGCUCCAAUGAAACCAUCUUUUACGAGCCUCUGGAGAUGGAUCCUUCAAAGAACUUAGGUUACAUGAGGAUCAAUAGCUUACAGGUCUUUGGCUACAGCUUGCCCUUUGAGUCUGAUGCCAUUCGGGACCUUGUACUUCAGCUGGAUUACCCAUAUACUCAAGGCUCUCAAGACUCUGCUAUAUUGCAACUGAUCGAGAUCAGGGACCGGGUAAACCGUCUCUCUCCACCUGGGAAAAUCCACCUUGAUCUUUUUUCUUGCUUGCUCCGACACAGGCUCAAAUUGGCCAACAACGAGGUAAGUCGGAUCCAGUCUACCCUGCAGGCCUUCAAUGCCAAAUUGCCAAACCCGGUGGAGUAUGAGACGGGUAAACUGUGCAGCUAGCUUUGGGAGUGGGGCAGGGCUGUUCUUAUAACCCCGGAGGGAAGGACUGGGGAAAGAGAAGCUGAGCCUUCCACAGGCCUUACUUUCGUGCUGGCCACGCUCUUCUGUGAGAUGGCCAACUGCCAGCCUUACGACCCAGUGUUUGCAGACUCCAUGACACCAAACCUGGGGGGAAUGAGAUGUGGCACAAAUCUCUGGAACAACACAGCGAAGGAGAGACCAACCGGCAGUUCUCCUGUUGCAAAUGUCCUGCUUCUGUUGCUGAAGAGGCUGCGUUUGUGGAGCAUGCAACAAAAUGCCCAGGCACAUGAAGAAACCAGUAGGUUGCAACACAGAAGGGGAGGGAAAGAGACGAAACUGAUGGCAAAACUAGUGGGAAUGGCUUUUGUGAUCUGGCCAAUAGGCCCUUAAACGGAGAUGGAGACAAACAGCAAAAGGAUCGAACAAGGUUCUGUCAAGUGCUUCAAAAACACCCACUUUGGAGAGCCCCCCUUUGUUCCUUCCCCCCCUCAGCACAGUUUCCUUUUGUAUUGUUUUUAUGGGUGUUUCUAGCAAUGUCAUAGCCUUUACAUUCUCUGUACUUUCUUUCUAAAGCUGCCACCCUAAGCACACUUUCUUGGAAGUCAGCUUUACUGGUAUCAGUGGAACUUGUUUCUCUUAAAUGAGUUGAAGAACACAGAUUUUAGCUGCCUUGCCAUCCUCUUCCUCCAUAAAUCUGUUUUGCUCCUUGAUCCACUCUUUUGGGAUGACAUUCUUUCAGUAAUGGAUGGGUAGUGGCAUUUGGGACAUGAAAGGAGUGCCUAGAUUGUCCCUUUUUCUCACACUCUUCUGGUCCGUUCACGUCACAUAGGCCUGCGACACAUAACUAAUUUCACCAGAAAGAAAAAAAGACAUCUAUGAAGAGUAUUCCCAGUGGCACACAGGCAGUCUUUAAAUGGGUAUUCAGAGCCCAAUGGAUAAUUGGUCUUUCAUGCAUUUAUUUAUUUACUUAUGUACUGGUUUUAAUUGGUUGGCUUUUUUAAAAGUGUUUUUCUUUUGCAUUUUUUUAUUUGGACUGGGAUGCUCAUUUCCAGUGGACUCCUCCAGCUGAUUUACACAUCUUAGCCAAAUGUAUGAUUUACUAUAUUUUGUAAAGGGUGGGAUGAGGGAGAAAUAGCCUUUUGGAGGAAAAGAGGAAAGCAGUAAACAAUCAAAAUAUUCUAAAUGAUUCCUUUAGUAGAUGCUCUGUGUGUGUGCAUGUAGCCCUGUAGCUGCAAAGAAAUGUGUAAUGUGGGGCCGGUGUUUGCAACUUUGCAUUCAUGCUCCUAAAACAGCACAUUUUUACUCUAGCAGUAACUUCAUUAGUCUAGCACCUCACCUCUGCACUGUCAGUUUACAUUCUCCUGAACUGGCGGUGCAGACGGUACAGAAUUGAAAUUACUCUGGAGUAAACUACCACCAUUUGAAUGUGUGAACACCUUUCUUUACCUAGGCCAGGGAACUGAUGCUGAGCAUUGUACACUGGGUGAAAAAUAUUAAAAUGAUGAGAAGGGAACUAGA